UCCCACUGCGCAUGUGCGAGAAGCGCUGCGCUUUGUGAAUGGUCCGGUGUCUUCUGGGACACAUGACAGGUCCCAAAAGAUGCCGGGCCAUUCACAAAGCGCAGCGCUUCUCGCGCAUGCGCAGUGGGCACCCGGCUGUCAAAUCUCUGGUCAUCUCCUGUACUAUGUCUGCAGUCUCUGGUCAUCUCCUGUACUAUGUCUGCAGUCUCUGGUCAUCUCCUGUACUAUGUCUGCAGUCUCUGGUCAUCUCCUGUACUAUGUCCGCAGUCUCUGGUCAUCUCCUGUACUGUCCCCGCAGUCUCUGGUCAUCUCCUGUACUGUGUCCGCAGUCUCUGGUCCUUCUCCUGUUCUGUGCCUGCAGUCUUUGG